AUGUCUAAAACUGAAAGAAGUUAUGGCCAGUUAGACAAGGAAGCCUUGGCAGCCAUGGCUAGCAUCAAGCGCUUCUGUGAAUAUCUUUAUGGACCUCCUUUUGAGUUCAUCACUGACCAUAAGCCCUUAGCUAGGGAUGGCCAAAUGCCCCCCGGGAUGUCACCCAGAAUGACCAAGUGGACUGUCUUCCUUGCAGCCUAUGGCUACACCCUGGGCAAAUUCAUCCCUAACUACAAAUGUGGCUUCCCCCAAAGUUUGGCUGCAGUUAUUGGAGCACCUGACAUUGCUCUUCACAUGGCAACUUUAUUGGGUAUCUAUAAAGUUCCUCAGGCACUACCUUUAUCUUUGUGUAAUGAUCCUUGUGAGACAGGAUACAGCAAAGCUAAGAAAGAAGGGGAGUCAUUUUGCUGCUAUGAUUGCCAUAUAUGUCCAGAGGGGAAAAUAUCAAAGGAGAAAGAUAUGGAUGACUGCUCUCCAUGUCCAGAAGAUCAAUAUCCAAAUCCUGAGAAAAAUAUGUGCCUUCCAAAACAGAUUACUUUUUUGUCCUAUGAAGAACCUUUGGGGAUCAGUCUGACCAUUCUUUCCUUUGGCUUUUCUUUAAUGACAGCUUUGAUCAUCACAGUAUUUAUUAAACACAAAGACACUCCCAUCGUCAAAGCCAACAACCGGAUUCUCACGUAUAUACUCCUACUUUCCCUUCUCCUCUCUUUCCUUUGUGUCUUUCUAUUUGUUGGGAGACCGGAUAAGAUUUUUUGUCUCCUUCGACAACCAGCUUUUGGCCUCAUCUUUUCUAUAGCAAUUUCUUGUAUAUUGGCCAAAACUUUUGUUGUGGUUCUAGCAUUCAUAGCCACCACACCUGGUUCCAAACUGAGGAAAUGGGUGGGUGGAAGAAUGGUGAGCUACAUUAUUAUUUCCUGCUCCUUUGUUCAAAUAUGUAUUUCUGCUCUAUGGCUGAUAAUAUCCCCACCAUAUCCAGAUUUUGAUACACAGUCAAUGUCUGAAGAAAUCAUCUUGGAGUGCAAUGAAGAUUCAGUCAUGUUCUGCUGUGUUUUGGGCUUUAUGGGUUUUCUUGCUCUGAUUAGUUUCUCUGCUGCUUUUCUAGCUAGGAAUUUACCUGACAGUUUCAACGAAGCCAAAUUCAUCACCUUCAGCAUGUUGGUCUUCUGCAGUGUUUGGCUGUGCUUUGUUCCAACCUAUCUAAGCACAAGGGGAAAAUAUAUGUUGGUUGUGGAGAUCUUCUCCAUUAUUGCCUCCAGUGCUGGCUUAUUGGUAUGCAUCUUCCUUCCUAAGUGUUUUAUCAUUGUGAUGAGACCUGAACUGAACAAUAAACAUAAGCUCAUGAAUAGAAAGUUUUAA